AUGGACUUGCUCGCAAAGUGGUGCGGAACGCGGGCCCGCCCGCAGGCUGGGGGGUCGCCGCGCUUCGGGUGUGGGCGUGCGAGGGCCCUGGAGGUGUCGAAGCACUGCGAGCGACACGCGUGCGCCAGGGCGAGCUCACUAGCGGGCGAGGAGCCGUCCGGCGUCAGGAGCCCCCCAGCCGCCCGGCGCACACACGUUCACCACCCAGCCCGCCCCGGGGCCGCUAGCCCGGAGCCCGCCGCCAGCCCGCGCUCCCCCGCCCGCGGCGCUCCCGGGCGGAGUUUCCUCCUCUGCUCAUUCCGCCGGCCUGGCCCAGCCGCGCAGACACCGCCCGCGACGCAGCCACCCGCCGCUCCGCCGCCUGGCUCCGCGCCUCAGUCCGGAUCUGCCGCAGCGGUGGCGAGGAGAGGCAGCUGGAGCGCAACUCGGGAGCCCCGGGUCACCACCCGGCCGCGGGAGCCACAGCCAGGCCUCCCUGAGCGGCGCCCACGCUCUCGCUGUUCGGACGCUCGCACCCGCAGCCACCUGCUCCCGGCCGGAGGCCAGGACACGAUGCGCUCCGCGCUGGCGCUCUCCGUGCUGCCGCUCUCGGUGCUGCUGCUGCUGGUGCCGCUGCCGCGGCCUGUCUUUGUAAAUGCCGACUUGAGCACUACUGGCUCAGCGAAUGUCACAACCUCAAUCCAGGCUGAUGCCAAAAACAGUGAUGGAACGCAGAUUAUAAGCCCGCCCCUGGCAAGCACGGUCCCAAAACUCACUCAGAAAACGGAGCCGUCAGUCCCCACAUUGGACGCAACCAGCAAGUCACCCAAUGCCUCGUCUUCAAACCCAGCUCAGAAAAACAAAGCUGUCACGACCACUGUCAAAGUGACCGAGGCCCACACAACUCAUCGCCCAGAGACUCAAGAUUCAAGCCAGCCUACACCUUCACCCACCCUAAAGCCCACGAAGCCCGACACCACACACAGCCAGCCAGCCGGAUCCGGAGCCCAGAGUGGCCCCAGUGUUUCCACCGACCACGCGAACAUUCAAGGCAUGACGCCGAAGACAGUGCCUCCACUGAUGAACUCUGCCAGCACCGCACACACUCCUUCCACGGCCGCCCCAGCAAGUCCUCAGCAGCCCCCUGCAACGGCUGUUUCGAAUCCCUCAGGUAGCUCUCCUGAGGAACCAGACAAAAACACUACAGCUUCAAGUAGUGUACGCACCAGUCAGAGUCCCGGCUCCACAUUACAGGGGGCGCCUACCGUGCCAGCAUCGUUGGUGACCUCACAAGGAAAUCAGCAGUAUUCCAGCAAGGUGCCAGCUGCCCCUGGGACCCCUUCCUCCGUCGCUAGGACCCCUUCCUCCGUCUCUGGGACCCCUGCCUCCGUCGCUGGGACCCCUGCCUCCGUCGCUGGGACCCCUGCCUCCGUCGCUGGGACCCCUGCCUCCGUCGCUGGGACCCCUGCCUCCGUCGCUGGGACCCCUGCCUCCGUCGCUGGGACCCCUGCCUCCGUCGCUGGGACCCCUGCCUCCGUCCCUGGGACCCGUUCCUCUGUCCCUGGGACCCCUUCCUCCAUCCCUGGGACCUCUUCGUCGGAGGCUCUGCUGCCUGCAGGCCCUUCCUUGGGACCUGUGGCCACAUCUCCUGUCACGGGACCUGGAGGGUUCAGCACUCACUUGGCUCCAGCUACCCGCCACGACUCCAGCAGGUCUUCUCCUUCCUCGACUCCUAGGAAUGAUGGGGCACUGCCAGUGGAACGGAUACAGUGCGGACAUCCCGAGAAUCCAACUGAGAAGAUGCUCAUUUUGAACUUCACGAAGACCAGCCCCUGUGCGAAGAACUUCUCGGAUGACAAACUGGUCAGACUGCUGUGCAGAGCAGCAAAAGCCACCUUCAACCCAGCUCAAGAUGAGUGCCACAUACAGCUGGCACCUAUUCCAGAGGUCCAGGCGGUGGCGAUCAAAGGAAUCACUAUCCAGACAAGCCUCCGGCCCACGGACGUGUAUGAAUCGCUGAAAGACAAAUGGGACGAGCUGAAGGAGGCGGGUGUCAGUAACAUGAGGCUUGGGGACCAAGGGCCGCCCGAAGAGACGGAGGACCGGUUCAGCAUGCCCCUCAUCAUCACCAUCGUCUGCAUGGCCUCCUUCCUGCUCCUGGUCGCCGCCCUCUACGGCUGCUGCCACCAGCGCCUCUCCCAGAGGAAAGACCAGCAACGACUCACGGAGGAGCUGCAGACCGUGGAGAAUGGUUACCAUGACAACCCCACACUGGAAGUGAUGGAGACCUCCUCAGAGAUGCAGGAGAAAAAGGUGGUCAACCUUAAUGGGGAGCUGGGGGACAGCUGGAUCGUCCCCCUGGACAACCUGACCAAGGAUGACCUGGACGAGGAGGAAGACACGCACCUCUAAUCAGGUCUGCAGGUGGCCCCCGACAGUGCCACAGCGCUCCAGACUGAGCCACCUCAAGUGCCAUUCGGACAGGGGAGGAAAGUCCUUCCCAGCUGAGGGAGAGACUGGUGAGGGAAGGAGACUUGAAGGCUCCCUCCUCCCUACCCCACAGGGCCUUAAUUUCCCCUUUUCAGACUGAACAAGUCGCAUUCUGUCUAGAUUCGUCUUGUAAGAUAACCCACUAGUGCCUGAGCUCAGGACCGCUGGAAGGUGAGCGGGAGCUCCCCGACAUGACCAUCUAGUAGGAUCCCUUCACCUCACAUACGAGGGGACUGAGGCCUGACCGGGGGUGUAAGGUCCAGCUCACACAGUCCCUGGUGACAGGAUGACACCAUAUUCCCUCUCCUGGUCUGGAGUGUGCUGCCACCCCGCCCCACCGCUGCCACCACCCUGCGCCCUCCCCUCCGAUCCUCCCCCAGUGGGACAGAAGGGACAGCAGCGCCAGAUCCUGCCUUGGGAUGACCUGGUUCCUUGAAAGUACGGGUCCAAGCUGUCUUAUCUCCUGUCCCCCAGCCUCGCCUCCCAGUGUUCCCGUCCCCUUUUUGCCCGCCUCCCCACCCUGUCCCAAGGGCCACUGGGACUCACACAGGUCAUUCAUGACUUUGAACCCCUUGUCCUGGAUUCUGGCUUCCUUGCAUUCGAGUGGGACUCCACCUGCACCAGACUCCCAUGUGAGCGAGGUCUGCUUCAGGGAUGCACCUGCGGGUGAAGAUGGGUCCUGGCCCAGCGCCCAGGGCACUCUUUGAAGGGGCUCCCGGGAACUUGCUUGGCUUCCUACUCCCACCGGGAACUAGAGUCUGCAGUAGCUAUGCAGGCCAAGUGCUUCUAUUUUGUCGUUCAGUGCUCAGCCAGUGGGGUUAGGACCCACGCUGGGGAAUCCAUUUGAGACCUGGCAAGAAUGAUAGCUGGGGGCAGACUUUCCCGGGGCCCAGUCCACAGAGAGGUGUCUUCAUAGACAAUCGAUUGACAGGAACGAUAGGCUUUACUCUCGGUUCCAUAGGAAACUCAGGGACUUUUACAAGUUGCUGAGAGUUUUGUUGUAUUUGUUUGUGUUUUAGUCCAGCCUCCUACUGCCCAAAGCCAAAGCUCCAGCCGUUGGGAGACUUUACAAUUAACCAUUCUCCCUGAUUUCUGGUUCUCCUGUGCCAUAGUGCAAGAAAGGCCUAGAAAGUGUGAUGCAUCUUCAGGUGCACAGGGGCAGCUUGGGGGGGGGAAGGGCUGUGGGGUUCCCGGUGACCUCUCGCUGUUCUGGCACUGAGCUGGGCCUGGCCAUGUCCCCUUCUCUGCCCUUAGCAGGGCUACCCCAGUUCUGCGGUUUCUGGUGGCAUCUCAGGGAAGCAGCACCAUGGAGGAGGGGUUUAGAGGGAGCUCAGCGGUCAGCUCCCAAGCAGAAGGCACCUGAGGACUGGGCAGAGGGAGGUUUAAUCUGGUUUUCUGGGAAAAGGGAAGCCCAUGCGGAACUUUGCCCGCUGUCUCUCGUUUCUGGGUAUGACUUCCUGACACCAACUAGGAAGAUUAGCAGAACUGCUUCAGAGACUGAAAGUGGUAAGGUAAUUUUCAGAGCGUAGGUCAGAACCUCAGAGCCUGGAGGCCCAGGCUCUGAUGGUCCUGAUGAAAUAGGCGGUCUGCUUUAGGAUAGCUUUUUUUUUUUUUUUUUUCAAGGAGCUUAGUGAGGGAAGAUCUCUGUCCUUCCCUGGCAUAGCCUUUGGCCUUUGUUAUCUUAGGGGAAAAGAAAUGCCAGGAGUUCAAGUAGGGCCUCCAGCAAGUUUCUAAGAGCUGGAGAGAUGCUAACAAGGAACCAAAAGCAUUUGCACUGAUCCUCCAGCAUUUGGCAGUUGGCAGGAUGGAGAACAAUGCUUGUUUGGGGAAAGACCAGAAGAAAUCUUGUUACACUGAGAAGAGAUCUGUUCGCUUCCUUCCUGCCCAGCAUUUGGUUCUUUCCACCCAGCGGGUUUCUGUGGAAGAGGCCAGGCUGGAUUACUGCUCCUUUGCUGAUUCUGGGUCACAUUUUACCAGCCAGGCCUUCAGACAAGAGACCGCAACUUUGCCUCCACAAAUAGAGCAAAGGCUAUAACCCCCAAGGCCUCUUAGGGAGAGAGACGAUGUCUGGCAAGGACUAGAGUGAAAAUUAUACUUGGGCAAGAGGAAUGACUAUGUUUCUUUUCUGUCCAAGAGGAGCCUUGGGAGGCUUUGGGCUGGUUCACAGGCUCCUUUUUGGUGCAUCCAGACUGGGUUACACUGGCCUUUUAGGGCAACUUUAGAAUCCAGUACCUUGCCUGGGCUUGCUCUUGCCACUAGACCUCUGGGUCAAGGGCCAUACAGCCACGCAUGUGCAAAGCUCCUCUUUCUCCCACAUCUACACUGGGUUCUAAAUGCUGUCUGGUAAGUCAGAUGCUGGGGCUGAGAAGAGAGAACAGCAGGAACUCAGCAUGACUUUCAAUAGGCUGCACCACAGAGAGGUGAUAAACUUUACGUCAAUGGCAGAUUGGUUUCCCUAAGGUGGGUAAAAGGCCAGAAGCCAUGGCUGAUGACUGGAUGGAACCGAGCCGGAUGCGCGCUCCCCUGCGAACGGGGAGGGGCGGUGCUCCGGGAGGAGGUACAGAGCAGGCUCUGCAUCGCAGGACAGAAUACGGGUUGAAUCUAGUCUAGGCGCCAGAUUCUUUUGCCCCCUCUUGAUAAGGAAAGCAGGCAGGAAGUUUAUUUAAAUCACCUGAGCUGUAACCUUUUUGACAAGAUACUGGAGAAACUUGGAAGAACGAGUCCAGGCUGAUACAGCUAUACGUCUUGAUAAUGUAAAUACAGCAGCCACACGUUAAUCCACCGUGCACUGCUUUAAGUGAAUACACAUUGUAAAAACAUUUGUUAAGUGAGGUGGCUUUUAGCCCCCCCCUCUGAAACAGGAAUGUAAAUGUCUAUUUCACUAAAAAUGACAAGUUUUUUCUUUAAUGAAAAAUGAAAUAUAAGACAAGCUGAUGACAAAGUUUGUCUUACAGAUCAGGCAUCUUUAUUUUUAAAUAUGACUCUCACUCCCCCUCCUCAGCUAAAUUCUAGCCUAUCACAGGCUUGGAGUCCAUAUGCACUUGUUAGAAAGUGACACUCUAGUCCUAGGGAGAGGCUUUUAGAGACUGAGUCCAACCUUUGUUUUGUUUUUACAGAAAAAGACACCGAAGUGCAGAAAGAGAGAGUGACUUGGCCAAAAUCACAUGGUUAGUGACAGAAACAGGAUUAAAACACCAGUGCUGUGGGCCUUAGAAGGAAUCAGGAAAUUAAGGACAGCUACCAGAAUGACACCGAAUGCCCUUCUCAGAUCUUACCCUGCAGCAAGGCUAGGGAGGAUGUGAGGACAGCAGUGGGAAACAUCACUGUCCUUCUCUUCCCCUGAGUUACUUAGGUCUCAGACUUAAAUGAACGGUAAGCUUUUCUGUCAACACAGUUAUGAGCUCUGAUCUGGAUCUUCUACUGGUAGGACUGAGGCUCAAAGGAAACAGGCUAGGGGAAGGCAGAGGGGGCGAGAGGAAAGCGAUGGCCUAUUCAUCACUCACUAGCAGCUCGGCUCAGGUUGGCGAAAACCCAAUACUGAGUGGAAGGGAGGAAAUUACUAUUUGAGGUGUCUUUUGUGAUUAGUGAAUGUCAAAUAGUUUGCCCAGGAGACUGCGGGAGCGUGUGUCUUCAUGGACAGGGGUCUAAAGUACACUGGAAUUUACUGAGAGACUUGUUUGUAAAGACUAUACUUAAUUAUUGCCAUUUUCUUACAAAAGUAUAUUUUGGAAAAUUGUAUACUGUCAAUUAAAGUGCUUUUGUAUAAGCUGGUUCAAGCCCUGUUGGUUGGACUUGACUGAUUGGCUUGUGUUCUUCCCGUGUGUGUGAGGCUCAUUGCUGAAAUACCCAAGAUAUGAGGCGCUCUGGGGAGUGCAGCGCCCUCCUGCUCUUCCGCGAGAUGGGGAUGCAGAGAAAGUGGGGGAAGCUCAAAGAAAGGAAGGGGAUCCUGGAGGUGACGAUGGCUCUCCAGAUUAUCUUGGGUUGUUGGAGUGAUUGGAACUGAAUUUUCACUCACACUUUUAUCAAUGUUCCACCUUCCUCCUUUCCUCCACUUCUGCCUCAGAUAACAAUUAUGAAUCACCCACCACUAAAGACCCUUGAGCCCUGGUCAGGUAUGAAACA